CCUUUCCGGCAUGUCGUGCAAGUCCAGUGACCAAUUCUAGGCAAUCGUGCAGGUCAACGGUUUCCCUUGCACAAGACGUCAUGGCGUUAGAUUAGUUUUUGAAAAACUUGCAAUAAGUCUGUAACGUACCAAAAUUGUGUAAAAAACACAACAAACAGUAUUACUAUAGCGGCGCAGGGCGUCGAUAGCUCAUUUUGGAUUCGAUACACGACUGAUAAGAGAGUGAUAACGGAUACGGCAUUAUCAGCAGCUGUUAAUCAAUAUGCGAUUCUUUCUAUCGAAGUGCGAGCGGUGCGUUUUGUUUACAAGUUACUGUUCCGAAUGCUCUGUUGAUGACCGACGUUCAAUUUGUUUUCUGUUGUGUGCACUCGGACUCUCAUAAACUGUAAACACCACCCGCGACCCGAACGGUUUUUUAGGAUUUCCGGUUGUAAUACUGUGUCGUUACGCGUUCGCCGCCUACCCGAAAACGUCGUAUUCGACCCGUUGUGCACCGAUCGGUUUCGUCCGUCAUUGUUCAACAUUGUGACCAACGGCUGUUGUCCAACAGAUUACAGCCGGACGAGAAUAGUGAAUAUUAUUUUUUACCAGUUGAGGUGGGGCACCGCCACAGCACAACCGUUGUCUGCCACUUUUGGUUUGGCUGCCGUAAGCUUACUGCCUUGUAUAUUGUCUGUCCGACAUAAUUAUAAAUUGCAAAGCGUAAUAGCCGAAUUUUCGGAAACCAUGUGAAUAUUGAAAAUCGAACAUUGUAAUUAGUAAUAAUAUGGCAGAGUAAAAAAUAUAAGUUAGUUAACAUUUUUGCAGAUAGAAAGUAGGCACAGAAUUCCUUGUGUAAAAGUAAAUUGCGGACAGGGAUACUGGUUUUUUUCCCCUCAUUAAUCUAGUUAUAAUCUUAUUUUUGGAAUUUAUCAUAAAAAUUAGUUACUAAAUUAAUAUGCGUACCUAAAUACAGAUAUUAUUUAAUCAGGGAAAUAACAAUAAUUUAUCAAUGUAAAUAUUAACCUAAUUUCUGUUUUGUUCAAAUAAUUAGUUUUUUUAAUAAGCUGCUGUUAUUUUUGACAAUCCGCAAGUACUAGCUAUGUGCUGAAAAACUAAUUAGGAUACUUACUUUUUAUUUAUUUAUUUUUUCACGGUAUAUGGGUUGGUUAACUUUUAAUACAAAACCAAAUUGACAAUAUAAAAUACCUGUGUAAUGAGAACUAAAAUACCUAUUGCUCGAGAGGAAUUGAUUAUCAUUUAUUUCAAACAAAACCUCAUAAUUUAAAAUAGCUUACUAGUUUAUUAUAAUUUUUCAUUGCUGAGUAGUGAAAGUGUAUAAUUCACGGAAAACAAUUUCUGUGGGUAUCAAUUCCCUGUCGACAGAAAUAAUACUUACCUAAUAUGUGCCUUUUUAAAAUCUGAAAAAAAAAACAGAACUAAUAGUUCUUUUCACUCGUUUAGUACCCAAAAUACAUUUUAUUUUUAAAUGUUUUUUUUUUUUAGGUUGUUUAUAAUUACUCAUGCCCAAUAAAUCUGUAAACUUAUUUUAACAAUCUUAUACAAUUAUGGUCAAUGAUGAAACAGAUUAUGAAUCAAUAAAUAUAAAUGAGCAUAACAUGUUAGUUGGUGACGAUUAUGAAUCUGGUAAUUUAUUUUUCAGCUUCAUAUACAUACAGUAGUUAAGACAAAAAUGUAUGACAAUAUAAUAAUAUAGUCAAAAUUUUUAUUUAAUAUUUGUGUUUAGUCGUGAUUCAUGGACAAGUCGGAAGUAAUUUUGAUAGUUACCAAAAUGUUGAAAAUGAAUUGGUACAAGAAAUAUUUGAUACAGAUAUUCAUAUUGAACAACCUAACGGUUUGUGACUAAUUUUUUUUUCAGUUAAAUUUAAUGAAUAUUUAUAAUAUUAACAAUACUUGAGGUUUCGUUUUAAAUAUAUUGUUCAUGUUUCAGGUAUUUGGCGAUACAAUACAAUUCGUUAUUUGAUAUACUGCUGGAGUCAAUUGAAAGAUCAAUUUGCCAAGUGUCCGGAUAAAAAGAAGAAAGCAUUAUGGCAAGUAAUUUCUGAACGUAUGGUUGAGCAAGGUUUUUAUUUUGAUGCUUUGUCAUGUGAAGCUAAAUGGCGCAGUCUAAAAAAAGUUUAUAUGUAUAAUAAAACAAAGACUGUAAAAAAAGAUGGUUCUAAACAUACAGUCGUAUGGGCUCAUUAUCACGAUAUGGACAGGGCUAUAAAAGGCAUUUCUUACGAUAUUUCUGGUAAAAUAAGAACAUAAUUCAUUUGACCAAUUAACACUUUUAUCGAGCAUUUAUUAGGUUUUUUUUUUUUUAUAUAGAUAUUUUUGAUGGCAAUGAUGAUGACGUAAAAGAAUGUUCAGCUAAUAGUUGUAUCACUACUAUUAGGGAUUAUGAAAACACCAAUUCAAUAUGUAUAUACCAUUUAAAUAAAAUGUUGAAUGUAAAUAUUAAUUUUUUGGUGUUUGUGUAAAUUAUAUUAGUAGAUGGAAGUGAUGAUAAAUGUCAGUGGACGAAUGUUUCAACCAAGGAAUUGAUUAGAUUAUACGGUAAACACAGAAGUAAAUUUACGGCUGUCAAUCAAGGGGGAAAACAUUUGUUGUGGCAAGAGAUUGCUCAACAGUUGGCACAGAUGGGAUACCAAUAUUCAGCUAAUGCGUGCAAUGAUAAAUGGCGCAAUUUAAAAAUGACUUAUAAAAAAAAUAAGCAAAGAGGAAUGAAAUAUGGGACACAAUAUAUUAAAUGGAUUUACUUUAAAGAAAUAGACAACAUUUUAAAAAAUCCAUCUUCCCAUGAAUGUAAGUAGAUUUAGUUUUUUAUUCAAGCAUAUAAUAAUUUUUAAAAAUUGCUAUAAUAUUUAUUUAAACAUGCAUUGUUUAAUGCAGCUACAGAUAUUGGAAAUAUAAUCACAGUAUCGUUAACCGAUGCUAAUGAACUUGAAGACAUAAAAAAAAAAUUAGGUGAAAAUCACUUUGAUGACUGUGUAGAUUUUCAAACACAAGAUGUGGAUAUCAUUGAAAAUAACGAUAAUAAUAAUGACAAUGACGGAAUAUCAAGUAAGUAAUGUUAAUAAACGAUAAAAGACUAAACAAAAGUUUUGUACGAUUUAAGCUUACCUUUAUAAAUUAAUUCUUCAUAAAAUAAUUAUUUAGGUAUUUCGGAAAAUUGGACAGAAGCGGCCACUAAAUGCUUGAUUGAUUUAUGGGGUAUGUACCGUUCACGUUUUAUGUUGGCCCCUCAAGGUAAAAAACGUUUUCUAUGGAAUGAAAUUAGCGAACAAUUACGUCAAAACGGUCACAACUAUUCCGGUUUGGUAUGUGAUCGUAAAUGGCGUCUAUUAAAAGCAAACUAUUUGAAAAGAAAAGAAAAGUACAAAAAAUUAGGAAUAGGUGCAGUGAAGUGGCAGUACUAUCAUGAUUUAGAUCGAUUGCUCGGUGUACCUACUGAAACUAGUGAGAUAUUUCUAUUUUACAAUGUUGGAAAACUAUUAACUAUUGAAUGUGUUUACUUUAUAUUUAUAGUUUCCUGGAGCAUGGAAUCAACUAUGUGCUUAAUAGAAAGUUUUGACCACCAUAAAGAUAAAUUUAUGAAAGCAGCAACUGGUGGAAAACUCGCGAUAUGGAAACAAAUAGCCGAAGAAAUGUUGCAACACGGUUUUAGUUAUAGUGCCAGAGCUUGUGAUAAUAAAUGGCGUACACUAAAAAAUCGUUAUAAUAAAAAUAAAAUGCGCGCAAACAGAAAUAAAAAAGUUGUUUGGGUAUAUUAUAAUAAAAUUGAUGCAGUAUUAAAAGGUAAUACUUAUAGCAUUUUCUUGCAUGUUAUUAUACUAGGUAUAGAAAUUAUUAUAGUUUUUUACAUUUAAUUCUCAGAAUUAAACAAGGAAGAUUCCAAUGACCAGGAAAAAUGUAAUAUUGAUAAGAAUAAUCAUAAUUCAUGUGAAAAAAAUGAUUCUGGAGAACACAACUAUAUUAAGACUAUGAAACCAGAAUUUUCUAUAAAACCAGAAACUAUUGCUGAAAUAAAAGAUAUAUUUAUGAAGAGAAAUAUAGAAUUUGAUCAGAGGUAAUGUGUGCAUGUUAAUUGUUGAUUUAAUUAUUUGCUCAUUAAUAUUUUUUAAAUUGAAGGUUUAAAGAAAUAGAGGAUAAUUUAAACAACAGAGAUCAAGCAUUUGAGAAGCUUCAACAGCAAACUUUGGAAGCUCUAAAUAAAUCAAAUGAAUUGGAAACUCGAAAGUUGAGACUUUUAGAACAACUAGUUUCAAGAUUACCACACCACAUUUCCUAAAUUGUAAAAAUAGAUAUAAGGUCAUGUUAUUUUUUGUUAUUAAUAUAAAUAAUUGUAUUUGUUAUCAUAAAGUUAUUUGCAAAACAGUAUAAAUAGGUGUUAAUCAUUUGAACAAAAUUGAUCACUUACAAACUUAAAUUCAAUUUAUUACAUAUUUCUUGUCGUUUUUGAACACUGAAUUCAUCGUAAUAAUCACAUAUGAAUGCGCAGCAUUCGUAAGGUGUGCAGUCAACGUCGUCAUUAUUUCCCAGGCACAAGUUAUGCAAGCAACAAGCAGCAAAUAUCAAUAUAGCAAAUUUUUCUUGUCCCCAUAAAUCUAAGCAACUAUUUUAUAAAAAUGCAAAAAGUAUUAUAAAUUAUAAAUUUUAAAUAACAUUUUAUGUAGGUUUUAUAUUUUGAACAUACAGUAGUCUUUUGAAUCGUCCCAAAAGUUUGCCAAAUGCCAAAUUUAUAAUAUUCAAUGGUACUUCAAUAGCAUUGUUGUAGAUGUUUUGUGAAUCUGUAUUGUGAGAAACAUCAAAAAAUGGUGUCAUAAGGUUAGGUAGCAAAGGGUAACAGUAUUGACCAACAAUAUGAGUGCUGCUGUUUGGAAAUAGGGUCUGUGGAUCAUUUAAAAUUACUUCGGCUAAAGGACUUUCUAGAAAUGUCGAUGUAGUGACAGCCGAUUUGUUCAAAUAACUAGUGAAGACAUUAUAAAAUUGGUAUCUAUUAUUGCAUACACACUGUAAAA